AUGUCCACUCAUGUAAACAGCAACAGUAGAGACAUGACUCUGGCGUCUUCCACACCCCCAAUAUCUGAGAAAUAUCAUAGCAAUAAUAAUAAUAAUAUUAAUAUUAAUAGUGAUAAGGAUAAUAAUAAUAAGGGUAAAUAUGAUAAUAGUGAUAGGGAGAAUGAGGAUAUCUCUCUAGAUAUUACUACUAUUAAAGAUAUAGUUCACACAAUGGGAGCAGUGCGACCACCACGAGUGGCAUUACCACGAGAAGCCGUACAUCCAUUUAUUUACAAUUAUGAUUUAUCCAAUACAUCACUACAAGUGAUAAAAUUAAUUUUAUUUGGUUUCCUUUUUUUAGUGCCACUUCGAAUUGUGUAUACUCUGUUGUUAAUAGUAUUCAUGGGUAUGAUUUCACUUAUUACUAUUCUUUUACCUAUACAUUAUCGUCAAUGGAGUAAACCUUUGUUGAGAGGAAUUAUGCGUUGGUGGAUAUUUACAUUUGGAUAUUGGCGAGUUCAUCGUGUGCAUGUAGAGAACUACGGUCUUCAACCAGAUGGAUCCUAUAAAGAGGCGCCUGUGAUUGUGGCUAAUCAUUCUACUAUGCAGGAUAGUCUUUUGAUACUCGGUGAACGUGAUGUAUACCCUAUUCUUUCUCCUUCUAUUUCCACUCUUACUACUACUACUAUUAUUAAUGAUGAUAAUAAUAAUAAUAAUAAUAAUAAU